AUGAAGAGGCUAAAUAUAGCAUGGAACAGUGAGAACAUUUCGGAUUCUAGGACUCUGAAAAGGUUUCCGAAAAUUGAUGCCAAAACCAGUAAGAGAGCUGCUCGAGCAAGUCAAUCCCCCUCCAUCUCCCUCCCUCUUCCUUCUCUCUCCUCUCCCCUAUCGCUUAAGAAUCAAGGUUUUGAUGUGUCACUGUCAAAUGCCAGUAGUGUUUUUGAUUCCAUAAAGUCGCUUAGUCAAAGUGAUGGAAGAUGGCGAUAUGAUUCUAGCAGUGCUGAAUCCAGCACUUAUGUUGCUGGUACUGAAAUCUUUUACCUUUCUUGGAGUGGUUUCCCUGGUAGAUCCAGAGGUGGAUCAAUCAAGGGUGAGACUUACAUUACCAAUGAAAUACUCACAUACGGUAUCGGUGCAAUAGAUGGGACUCAUAUACCGUGUAUGGUGUAUAACAUAGAUCAGACGCCCUAUCGAAAUAGACAUGGUUUUCUCUCUCAGAACAUCUUGGCAGCUUGCACAUUUGAUCUCAAAUUCAUUUAUGUCUUAGCUGGGUGGGAGGGCUUUGCUAAUGAUGCAAGAGUCUUGAAGGAUGCUAUGAGUAGACCUUAUGGACUUCCACUUCCACAGAAUAAAUUUUAUCUAGUUGACAGCGGCUAUCCAAAUAGGCUACAAUUUCUUGCUCCAUACCGAGGUCAAAGGUACCAUCUUUCAGAGUUCGGCCCUGCUAAUAAUCAACAACGACCACGAAAUUCAAAAGAAGUUUUCAACCAUCGGCAUGCGUCUCUUAGAAAUUGUGUCGAGCGCAUCUUUGGAGUUUUUAAGUCUAGAUUCACUAUUUUCAAGAGCCAACCUCCAGGUUUUCCAUAUGCCACACAAAUAAAGAUGUUCGUUGCAUGCGUAGGAUUGCAUAACUUUUUAAGAUUGGAGAAUACAAAUGAUGACUUCGACAUUUAUGAUCUUCCACUAGAAGCUCCACGAAAUGUUGCUGAUGCAGAUGAUGACUCCGAUGAAGAAGAUGAGUUACAGACUCAACAAACUCAACGAUUAUUACUAGACUAA